AUCAAACUGUCGUCAUCAGAUGUGGGCUGUGGGUGUGUAUGAGUUUGUGUGUGUUUGUGUGUGUGUGGGACAUAGAGACUAAAAAGAAGUCAAACAGGUCGGACUGAUCUCCAAACAAUGGCUGCCAGCAGGACCUGUGCCUCUGGAAACUUUGUAGGCUGGGGAGUUUAAGUCUUUUCAUUUGGCCUGGGAAUCUUUUCGGUUUUAAAAACCCCCGGUGACGGUGCCACAGGUCGUUUAAACUACAGGAGAGAGUGAGGAAGAGAGAGGGAAUCCAGGUAUGGCUCGGCAAGCCACGACACGACCCACAGUGAAUUCCUUCAGCGUGUGAGAUGAGGUGAAUGAGCGGGGGAUAGUUUCACAAUUUAAGAACAGAUGUGUUUCUGUUCCGUGAAUUAAGAGGCUAACCGAUACUUGAGGUGUUUUUGUGUCUUGCGAUGCCGGUGGCACUGUGUCGUCCAGGACUGCUGCUCAGCUUCAUCACUGUCUGCUCCUGUCUGGACCCAGACUGUGUCCUCGGCACAGUCGGCCGGCCGGUGUCACUGCCCUGCCUGUACCCUAACAUAUCCACCUCUGUGAAUGUGUCCAUCGAGUGGAGGAGAGGGGAGGAGGUGGUGCUCAGAUCAGACUGGGGAGAGGACGGACAGUGGGACAGACGGAGUAGUGACAGCGCUGCGAUCUCUGCUGACGCUGCCCUGACCGGAAACUUGUCCCUGCUGCUGCCAUCAGUGGAUCCCAAAGAGGACAACACCUACUUUAGUCUGUUCAUCGUCUCAGAGGGGAAACAGAGUGCAGCCGUGUGCACUGUGUGUCUCACAACAGCAGCCAGUUUCAGUCCCCCACUGCUGGAGAGGGAGGAGGCCGAGCAGGGAGAGGAGAUAACCUUCCGGUGUCACUCCACUGGUGGUUUCCCCGAACCUGCCGUCUACUGGCUCAUCAACGACACAGAGAAGCCCCCUGAAGGGUCAGUGAGGACCUGGACCACAGCACUCCCUGACUCCAAUCUCUACAACAUCACCAGCCACCUGACGGUCAACAUUUCCAAGGACUCCAGGGUGUCGUGCAUGAUAGAGAACCAGUCCAUGAACCAGAACUUGACCUCCACCAGCUAUGGCGUGGAGAGGGGCCCGCUGAACCAGCGAGCGUCAGAGGCCAUGUGGAUCUUCAGCACUGCUCUCUGUGUGGUGGUUGGGAUCAUGGUGAUAGUGGGAGUGGUCUAUCAGAUCCACCUGGACAGGAUAAGCAAGCGGAAGAAGAAGACGUACCGUCAACAUCAGCAAGGCAGAGACAGACAUCACCAGAACAGGGAGGAGACAGAGGUCAUGAAGCCAGCGUCCAAAGAGACUGAUGUUUAAAAUCCUCCUAAAGUGCCCCAGCUGGAGGGCAACAGAGCACUGAUUUGUACACAUUUGUUGUCUGUCUCUGUGUGUGUGUGUGUGUGUGUGUGUGUGUAUUUGUUAACUCCUUAGGACCUUUUCCAGCAUUAACACUGGACCAGUAGACCUCAUGUCCUUAUGAGGCAAAACAGUAGUUCUUAGCUUUUGGUUAAAGUUAGGGGAUGAGAUGUGAAAGCCGAAGCAAAGUCUAGUUGCACAAACCUGUGUGUGUGUGUGUUUAAACAGAUCAUGUAGAUAUUAGUAAAGCUACUCAGCUCAUCUCACCUCUUUACUAUCUGUAACCCGGUUUCAUGUUUGCUGGACUCGACCUUUACUCUUUUCUCACGGGGAGAAGUUGUUGUUUUUCAAGAUUUAUUAAAGAUUCACAAUCUCAAA